CCGUCCCGCCGUUCGUGAGCGUUCUUGCUAAUGUUUCAGUGGCUAGCUUGCUAAAUGGCUAGCUAGAAAGCUAAACGGUAAGAGAUCCGGGCUGCCUACGGUGUGCAGUCGGUUGUUCUGGAUUAAGGAGUUGCCCGGCAGGCAAUGGUCAGGGAAAUAUCUACAGCUGGGAGCUGAACCAAAACUACCAAUACUCUCAGAUACCCAGCUAUCAUCAGACUCAUCAGUUACCAGUCUUCCCUCCAGCUGUUUUCUCUGCGUCUGGGUUGCCUUGUCUGCUGUGGCCCUGCAUCAUGGAGAGCGUCCACUGUGUCACUGAAGGCUGACCAGAAGGAAUGAGGGACUCUAGGAGAUGUUCCCAAGUGUCCUUGUGGAUGCAGUAGCUGGGUUUCGGAGUCCUUUUUUAUGACUAGAAUUGUAUGUGCAUCUGUGGGCACAUCCUAGGACAACCUGCCUAUUCUUCAGGCAGGGACAUGCUACUCUGAGACUGGAGCUGGAGAAACAAACAAGGAAGGAACCCCUCUGCUAAACAAGGAACCCAAAGAAAAAAGGGAAGCGCUCAGCAGAAGACCCAACUGAUAGACACUUAUUGAAGUGUCUCAUUGAAGUGUCCUCUGAAUCAUUGCACAUUUUAACAGCAACACCUUUCCUCUGUCCUGUGAGAGUUUGUCUCCCUCCCCCUCCCUAAAGCGUCCUCUGUCGUUGUUAUUGGAGUUUCUACGGUUUGCAUGGCUGGAGAAUAACCGUGGAGAGGCCAGGGUAUCACAAGCUUAUGGAUUUUGAAAAGAGAGGGGGCAAGGGAGAGACAGAGGAAGGGAAAAAGAUGUCUAAGACAACAGGCAGCAGGACUGGACAUGGGGGCCGAAGUUCAGGGACCAAUUCCGGAGUUCUUAUGGUUGGACCGAACUUCCGUGUGGGUAAAAAAAUCGGCUGCGGGAACUUUGGAGAGCUGCGGUUGGGAAAAAAUCUCUAUACUAACGAAUAUGUCGCCAUCAAAUUGGAACCUAUAAAGUCCAGGGCGCCGCAGCUCCACUUGGAGUAUAGAUUUUACAAACAGUUGGGAAAUUCAGAGGGAAUCCCUCAGGUGUACUACUUUGGUCCUUGCGGGAAAUACAACGCCAUGGUGCUGGAGCUGCUCGGGCCCAGUCUAGAGGACCUGUUCGACCUCUGUGACCGAACCUUCUCCCUCAAGACCGUCCUCAUGAUAGCCAUACAGCUGAUUACGCGGAUGGAGUACGUCCACACCAAGAGUCUGAUAUACAGAGACGUGAAGCCAGAGAACUUCCUGGUUGGGCGGCCUGGAAGCAAGAGGCAACACACCAUCCACAUCAUCGACUUUGGUCUGGCCAAAGAGUACAUAGACCCCGAGACCAAAAAACACAUCCCCUACCGGGAGCACAAGAGUCUGACUGGGACGGCGCGCUACAUGAGCAUCAACACACACUUGGGAAAAGAGCAAAGCAGAAGGGACGAUCUGGAGGCGCUGGGUCACAUGUUCAUGUACUUCCUCCGAGGAAGUCUUCCCUGGCAGGGCCUGAAGGCGGACACUUUGAAGGAGAGGUAUCAGAAAAUCGGGGACACCAAACGAGCGACACCCAUUGAAGUGCUUUGUGAAAGCUUCCCUGAAGAGAUGGCCACCUACCUGCGCUAUGUGAGGAGGCUGGACUUCUUUGAGAAGCCUGAUUAUGACUACUUGAGGAAGCUCUUCACUGAUCUGUUCGACAGGAACAGCUACGUCUUUGACUAUGAAUAUGACUGGGUCGGCAAAUCACUUCCCACACCAAUAGGCCCUAUCCCCGGUGACACGCCCCUGCAGCCCAGCAGCAGAGACAAAGCACAACAGCAGACCAAAAACCAGUCGCCUGAGCCCAAAGGAAGUGAGUCUCAGCCCACUCCAGUGACCAAUAAGGAGACUCUGGGGUCGCACCUCACAGCUGAGCGGCUGGGGGGCUCUGUUCAGGUGAUGAGUUCAACAAAUGGCGAGCUGAACACUGAUGAUCCCACAGCCGGACACUCCAACGCUCCCAUCAACGCUCCCACUGAGGUUGAAGUGGCUGACGAAACCAAGUGCUGUUGUUUCUUCAAAAGGAGAAAGAGGAAAGCCCUCCAGAGGCACAAGUGAAAGAAGAGCACGGAAAGAGAACUUGAAACAUUGUGGUCACGGUCAAGUUUUAAAUGGAAGCAACUACACAGACUCCCCCUCUGUCCCCUAUCUCUUUCCAGCUCCCCCCUCACCUCUUUAUCCCUCUCACCUUAUUCCCACUGUCACUCUCGUACCCCCCCCCCCCCUCGCGCUGUCUCUUUCUCGUUCUCAGUGCUCCCUGCUACUGGCGAGUUUAAGGAAUGUUGCAGUCCUACUGACUCCACAACAGACUCUUGAUUCCUUUAUCGACGAAAAAUAAACGUACCUGCAUUACAACGGAGGCUUGAGAAAAAGUUUUAAAAAAGGCUGUAACAAUGAAACUCGAAUACCGUGGCUCGAAUAUGAAAAAAGAUACUGUUUGAAACAGUUGUGUAUUCUAGAUUCCAUAAGAGCACCUGUUGUCAGCUGUUGAUCAGGGGAACCAUUCGAGUGGUUCACAUGAAAGAAAUCUGCUCCUUUUAGGAUUUUCUUUUCUUCCUUUGGUGUGUGUUUUGGGAUCAAGGUAAAGAGGAAAAGGUGAACCAUGCUGAUGUUAAAUCUGAGCGACACAGGAAGCAUUUCAUCUCUAAAACUGAAUUUGGAGGAUUUUUAUGUUUUUCUUUUUUUUGUAAUUGAAUCCUCAGUUUUCAAAAUCAAAUCCCUGCAUUGAAAACUUCUUUUUAUGUUGUAGUGUUCUGGAGUUCCAUUUGUUUUCUUCACUCUGGCUUUCUUUCUGUCCGUCAACGUGGACUUUGUAGCACAGUCACUGGCCUCAGGUACUGUGGGAGAUCGAGAGAAACAGAUAUUAAGCUCUCUUAUUAUUAUUAUUGCACUUUUGGAAAAAAUAAAACAAUUACAGUGGAAAACUUAAGGGUUUGAAAUUAACAAUUAAGAAAAACAUCCUAAUAAAGACUGAUCUAGGGAGGAGUCCUUCACAACGCUUAUAUCUGAGUUAUGGAAAAAUGUUAUGUCGAUUUACAUGAAGAAAAAAAAGGAUAUGUCUUUCCAUUUUUAUUUCUUACAUCAAAAUAAUUUACCAGGAAAUCAUAGUUUGUGCCUUUUUAAGUAAAAUGUUUAAAGCUCAAUUGAGUGUCCCGCAAUGAGAUUUUCUCUAAUCUGUCCCAAAUGCUCACUGGAUUACUGUGUCUCUGUGUGUGUUUGUGUGUGGAGGUUUUUGUAAGUUAAUGUUUUUAAUGGCUGUGUGCACACCAUUUGCUCCAACAUAAUAGUAUACAUCCCUUCCCUUCCCCCUGACAAUGAAAAAUCAACACAUCUGUACAGUUGUGUUGUUGGGUCUGGAGAGACAUCUGGAUUGUGUGUGUGAGUGUGUGCGUGCUGUCUGGUAUGUUUGAACUAUUGUUUCUUUCUGUCAGGAGGUCACAGUCAGACAUGGCCUUAAUGAGGUUUCUUGUUUGUGAGCUACAUCCACAGACUGUACGUGGCUACAUCGUCUCUGAAGUUAAUGGGCUGCUGUUUGUUUCUGAGCCUGAUAACAAAGGAACCUUUCCAAAAUUCAAAAUGCACUGAACUGUAAAAAAAAAAUGUUCCCUUUGAGUUCCUUGCUGCUGCUGUAGUUCCUUGUAGAGCUGCGAAUGAGUUGAACAUUCUCACAUUUGAAAACCUUGAACCAUUCAAUGCUUGUCAUUUUUCAACCAAAAAAAAGAAGUUAUUUGACUUAUAGAAUGUUUUUGCAAUCCUUUAUAUUUAAUCGACUAUAAUUGUUGAAGCUCUAACGUGUACCUCUUUGAUCAUUCCUUUGUAGUUUUCAGGCCAAGAUGUAUGUCUGUCUCUGCCUGUGUUCAGGAUUGUUUUAAAUCCCCUCCUGAAGUUUCUAGCCCAUCAGAGAUUGCAACGUUUAAUGUCUUUAGUUAUUUAGAGUACUCAAGCUAUAUUGAUAUUGCACAUGCAUAAAAAUGGGGGACUCGAAACAGAUUAAUACACUACUAUUUAUGUAAUAGUAAUGACUUACAUAUUUGACUAUAUGAACAGAUUCUUUUUUAAAACAGGUUUAAAUCAAAGCAGCAGCAAGUUAUUCUUAGAAACGGGGUCCAGAAAACACUGAUCCUACAUUUCCCACAAUGCAGGUGGGUGGUAUCUUUCAUACACCUUUCCUUCCACUUUAAACCCAAAAUGUCCAUUUUGUAAUGCAGGCUUUUUUGUAAAAAAUGUUAUGUGUCAAGCCCAGGUUUUUUUUCAGCCUUUACAAAGCUCCACCCCAGAACUGAAUUACUCAACUUUUGUGAAUGAGUGCCCUUUAAAAACACCGCCUGAGCUUCAAGAGCAUUCAACUUAAACUAACCCUAACCCAUACCAUGAUCACUAUAACAUGUGUGUAAUGAAAAGGAAUUGUUUUUCCACUUACAAAUCCAAACACAACUGCGAUGUAAAAACAGAAGAAAUAUUUACACAUUUUGCUUGCUUUUAAUCUCAUCCUCUUUAUUUUUGUGUCUACAAAUCAUUUUGUUUAAGUUAUGAAGGGGAUAUGUUUGUUUGUGUAAGCAUGACUAAGAGGACUAAAGUGGGUUUGAAUCACUCGCCAUGUGAAGAACAGAAAGAGGAACCAACUGUGUUUGGUAACUGUUGUAACUCACGAGUUUUCACAGUUCAUGACCACCGCUUUGUUAUUGAUUAAUGUUACCACACCGGAGGCGUGUAGUCUGCUUUAGAAACAGGACACAUCUCCGGAUGCUGCAAGGACGCGCGCCAGCAGUGCGCCUUUACGCGUGAAGUCCUAGGUGUUAACGUUAAUUUAGGUGCCGCUCAUAGCUGAGAAGAGCUUUUGUUUGCGCAUUAAUUAUUCAGCUGAACGAUUAACCGGUUCAGCUGACCAGCAUGGGGACCCAGCUUGACAUAAUCCAUUACAUUGCGAUUUAUUA